UUUUCAUUAAAAAAAACUUCCGUGGAAAGGUAAGAGCUUGUGCCUGACUGUAGUUCUGUUUAUUGUUUUGACAGGUGCGCCUGACUGUACCACUUUUUGCAGUGUAAGAUGACAUUUUCUCUCCACCCUUGCAAAAAAGAAGUGGCUGACUUUUAUUUGUUUGCGUACCCCGAAGCACUGCAUUAUGAAUUGUCAAUCCCCAAUGGUCGAUGAAAGAAACAUUUAUGAGUCUCUCAUAAAAAAGUAAAAGAGAAAAAAAUGGUUCUGUUGUCAACUCCACCAAAUUACAGAUGCAUGCGGAUAGGCUCCAUGUAGAUGUAGUAGUCCUCGACAUUAUGUAUGUAGCAAAAGAAAACUAAAUGGAAUAUGUAUUUGAACUAUAUUCUUUGCAGGUGUGUAGCCUGUUGCUGGUCGGUUAGUAGAUGGCUAUUUCUCAAUAGGAUGAGCACAAAUAGUAUGAUACAAUAUCACAAAAGUCAGACACGGCGAUCAUUAGCUGGACCCGACACUAGUACUUCCUCCGUUUCACAAUGUAGCGCAUAUAUAUUUUUCUAAAAGUCAAACUUUGUAAAAUUUGAUCAAGUUUGUAGAGAAAAUUAUAUACAUCUAGAAUACCAAAUACAUGUGCUUAGAUACAUCACAAGACAUACUUUCAUAUUAUAUACAUUUGGUAUUGUAGAUAUAAAUAAUUUUCUCUAUAAACUUGGUCAAAGUUUAUAAAGUUUGACUUUGUAGAAAAUCUAUUUGCGCUACAUUAUGGAACGGAGGGAGUAUGAUUUAAUUCAUGGAGAAGUUAAAUGGAUAUGAUAGUGAAAAAUACAUAUGCAAUUGUCUGCUGUCCAGCUGUGCGUAUCAAACUUGAUCUCCAUCUUGUUUUAGCAUGGAUUUAUUCAGCACUGGUUAAUAAUCAGUUCUUCCAACGUGCUGGAAUCAUUCCCCGAUGGAAAGCUAUAUAUACUGAGCACAUACUAGUAGCACACCACCCAUCCAUCUUACUACCAAGAAUGUGCCUGGGAGGAGCCCAAGAACUAAUCAUCAGCUUCUUGUUGCAUCCUGGUCAUCUUACACUGUAGAAGAAUGGUGAAUUUCUCCAAGAAACUAACGACAGACCAGAUUCCGGGAUGGGAGGAGUACUACUUCAACUACAAAUUGCUCAAGGCAAGAGUGAAGGUGUACACGGAGCAGACGAAGGAAGGCAAUCACGACCGAAGACGUGUUCUGAAAGAUUUCUCAAAGUUGCUCGACGAUGAGAUUGAGAAGAUAGUGUUGUUCAUGAUAGAACAGCAAGGGCUGAUCGCGUCGCGGCUCGAGGAGCUAGGGAAGCGAAGGGCGGUGCUCGAGGACAUUCCACUGCUCCAGGAGAUAACUGAACUGAGGGAGGACUACAGGGCAGUCGGCCAUGAUCUUGUCAGGCUUCUGAAGUUCGUCGAUCUCAACGCGAACGCGGUUCGGAAGAUCCUGAAGAAGUUCGAUGAGCGUCUCGGGUAUAAGUUCACGGAUUACUAUGUCAGGAGCAGAUCCAACCACCCCUACUCUCAGCUCCAGCAGGUUUUCAAGCAUGUGGGUAUUGGAGCUGUGGUGGGGGCAUUGUCUCGCAACCUCGGCGAUCUCGAGGAGCGCGAAGGAAGUUACCUGAAUAUCUAUGACCAGAACCCACUGGCCAUUCCAAAGGACCCCAUAAUCGACAUGAUCAAGGCGACGGCGGACAAGCUGACCAACUCGACCAACUUCCUGCGGUUCCUGGGGCAGCACGCGCUGAUCAGGCAGGGGAGCAUCCCCGACUUGCCGGAGGAGCAGCAAGUGUCGGAGGACAAGUACCACUUCAUCUCCCUGGUGCUCAACCUGGCCAACACCUUCCUCUACAUGGUGAACACGUACAUCGUCGUCCCCACGGCCGACGACUACGCCACCAGCCUCGGCGCCGCCGCCACGGUCUGCGGCGUCAUCAUCGGCUCCAUGGCCGUGGCGCAGCUCUUCUCCUCGGUCUACUUCAGCGCCUGGUCCAACCGCUCCUACUUCCGCCCGCUGCUCUUCAGCAGCGUCGUGCUCCUCCUCGGCAACGUCAUGUACGCCCUCGCCUACGACUUCGACUCCCUCGCCAUCCUCCUCGCCGGCCGCGUCCUGUGCGGGAUGGGGUCGGCGAGGGCCGUCAACCGGAGGUACAUCAGCGACUGCGUUCCGCAGAGGAUCCGGAUGCAGGCUUCCGCGGCGUUCGUCAGCGCCAGCGCCCUCGGCAUGGCCUGCGGCCCGGCGAUCGCCGGACUGCUCCAGGUCAACUACAAGGUGUAUUCGGUCACCAUCAACCAGGACACCUUGCCUGGCUGGGUCAUGGCUCUUGGCUGGCUCGCGUACCUGGUCUGGCUGUGGAUCUCGUUCAGAGAGCCGGUUCUCGGUGACGCCGACGAGGAAGGUCACCGCCAGGGCUCCUCUCGUGGCUCCUCCAGCUUAGGAUACCGGAAGCAUGGGCUUGCGGGUGAGUAUCUGCUGAAGCAGGACGCCCAGGGCGAGAGCGACCAGGAGGAGACGCCGGCUCCGGCGGCAGCGCCGUCGAUCGCCGAGGCGUACAGGCUGCUGACGCCGUCGGUGAAGGUGCAGCUGCUGAUCUACUUCAUGCUCAAGUUCUCCAUGGAGGUCCUGCUGUCGGAGUCCAGCGUGGUGACGAGCUACUACUUCGGGUGGAACACGAGCUCGGUGGCGGUGUUCCUGGCGGCGCUGGGUCUCACCGUGCUCCCCAUCAACGCUGUGGUGGGCACCUACAUCAGCAACAUGUUCGAGGACCGGCAGAUCCUGGUGGCGUCGGAGGCGGUGCUGCUGGCGGGCGUGGCGCUGAGCUUCCACGUGCCGGGCACGGCGUACACGGCGGCGCAGUACGUGUGCUCGGCGCUGCUGACGUUCAUGGCGGCGGAGGUGCUGGAGGGGGUGAACCUGUCGCUGCUGUCGCAGGUGAUGCCGGCGCGGCUGUCCCGCGGGACGUGGAACGGCGGGCUGCUGUCGACCGAGGCCGGCACGCUGGCGCGGGUGGCCGCCGACGGGACCAUCACGCUGGCCGGGUACCUGGGGCAGGGGGCGCUGCUGAACGCCACGCUGCUGCCGUCGCUGCUCAUCUGCGCCGCGUCCAUCGCCGCCACGCUCUCCACCUACAACUCGCUCUUCUACUAGCCAGCCAGCCAGCCAACCAGCGAGCGAGCGCCUUCGUCACGGUGUGUGUUUUUGUGUUGUUUGUGACUCGCGAGUGUAGGCGUGUGCUGCUCGGAACGUGGGAUGGAUGGCUCGGGGCACACGGGAAACCAACUGGACGGUGCGUCACAGCGUCAGCUUGGAUUCAUUUUGCAGCGAUGUCUUUUU